AAAAGAGUAAGACAAGUUGUUAAUUCUAAGGACGGAACACUAACAUCAUCAUUGAUCGAUCUUUGAUUGUGUUUUGCAUCCAUCACCACCAUGCCCCAAACUUCUACUGCUUCUCGAUUCAACUCCAAGAUGAGAUUUUCCUUCUCCUUAUACAAAGCUAUGCUUCAACUUUUCUACUAUUUCGUUUAUACAUCAAUGUGUUUGUAGAAAGUCCUCAAUGAAUAAAAUCUCAGUUAUUUCUAACAGUAACAACUCUUUUUCUUAUAAUAAUAACCCAUGAUUCUUUAUAUGCUUAAACAAGUUUAGGGGUUUGCUGCUAUAAGCUGCAUUUAUAGCCUUGUUAAAUUUAGUCUGUCCUUGGACCGGAUACCGAGUUUUUCUUAAAAAAAAAGAACAUUAGAUAUAUCAAGUGCGUAUUUGAGUGUCAGUUUUGCACCCUUGUUUCCAUGUCAUUUCAUAAAUCAGAAAUCUAGAGUGCUUAUGUUUUUUGGUUUCAAUUUAAGUGUAUGUUUGGUAUCACAGUGAGUAUGCUAGAAUCACGGCGAUCCACCAUGAUUAGCAGAAGCUAUUAAGUGUAACUUUUGGCAAAUCGUGGUGGGUCGCCGUGAUUCUGAUAUAUCCAACAUGAUACCAAACAUUGCUAAAUCUGUUUCUUAAUUCUCCCUCAUCGCCGUAAUUGUUUGUUUGAUGCUACUUUCAAGUGUUUUUCUACUGUCAUAAAUUAAACAAUAGAAAUGCCAAGCUAGAAACAUGCCUUGCUGGUUCAGUCAUUGUAAGCCACAACGGAGUGAAGGUAUUUGUGCCUUUGGGUUAGAUUCCAGAAAUAAUUAAGAUCAAUAUUCAUUUAUGGUAGUUGCAAAAUUUUGGUAAAUCAACUUUUACUUAGAAUAAGGUUACAUGUUGCCAAAUCAAAAGGCUUAAAUACAUUUUUGAUCCCUGUACUAUACACCUUUUCCAGUUUAGUCCAUAAUAAAAUUGUCUUGAAACAUAGAAAAUUUGAUUCUGGUCCUUUUUUGUUUGUUUUAGUUCUUGUAAUAUUUACUAUAGCGUCUAUAUAGUUCUUAUUCCAAGGACAGAAAUAGAUAUAGUUCACAUUUUACAAUGAUUAAUUCUGAUAUGGACAAUAUAGUGACUAGUUCCAAAACAUUGAGGACCAAAAACAGCUUUUCCUAUGUUUAAAGGAUUAAAACUAGUUAGAAAUUGUUUUAAGGACUUUUAAUUCAAAAGUGGUGUAUAUUGUAGGGACUAGAGAUCAUUUAAAUCGAAUUAAAAUUUUAAAUGAGUCAAAUGCCGCCUGAAUGCUUCUUGCUGACUUAAGCAAAGAUGCUUCAUGAAGGUUCACACCUCUAAGAUGUAAGUUAAUCCUUUCUGGUUUAGGUAAGGUUCUCCUUUAAUUCUAUUUGUUACUGUUUAAAAAAAACACAAAAUCAUACUUAAAAAUAAUUGCUUUACUAGGGAUACAUAAGAGGGGAAAAUAGUCCACUGGAAAGAUUGGAUAAUUACAAAAUAGUUGCUUUACUGGUGUUAGAUAUUUGCCAUGUUGGAUACUCCUUAUUCAUUAAUUGAAUCCUGCUAAUCUACAUACUACAAUCUUUCUAAAAAAUUUAACUAUCAUUCUAAUCCACACAUGUAUUUUAAUCUAUAAGCAUUAAUUUUUCAUUUUACUAUUAUGCUUAACUAUGUUGCAUCUUUUUGUUUUCAGAAUUUCCAUGUCCUCUUGAAGGUUUCGUAUUGUAUCCAGGUUUUGUGUCAUAUAUGUGCUUCUUGCAUAGUUAGCCUAUAAAAUACAAUUCUUGUCAGUGUUACGGAUUCAUUUCAGAAAGCAUCAUAAUGUAAUUUGACAUUUAAAUAUUAUAUUUUUUUGGAUAAAAUGUUAUUUGAUUUGUUAAUUUAUGUUAACAAAUAAUGCAAAAUAGUAAAAUAGAUUAUUAUUUAUUCCUUUAUGUUUAAUGGUAGUUCCUUUCUUUAUUGAUAUAUACGUUCUCUUAGCGGUAUUUCCUUGACUGUAUUCGCAAUAAUUAUUUUAAUGAGAUUUCCCUUUUUUGCGGCUUUUGCCUUUAUUCAACUUAGUUUUUUAAAAUAUUUAAAUUUAAUAUUCAGAGUUCAACACAUAGUAACAAAUGUUGAGUGAGAUUUGAUACAAGUAGGUCACUAAUUUUAUGACGGAGGGAGUGACUUCUAUGUUACAAAUUAAAUAAAUGCAUUUCUGUUUCCAAUUUUGAAAGCAUCUUUAUUUGGCGAUGACGUGACCAACGGGGGGCGAGCUUUGACGUGUUUUCCCUUCAUUUUACGAGAGUUCUUUUUAUGUACUCUGUAUAAAAGAGUUUUAAGCUCAAUAGUAUACCACACAGAGAUGCAAGUAGACAAGAUGGCCUCGACGAAAUUAGGAAUGGAGCAAGGGAACAAUGAAGAGGAUUCUAACCGAUCUAAUAGUUCCAAUGCAUUGCCUCUAUCAUCAUCGGGGAAAAAAAUGAAAGAAGACAAGGAUAUCAGUCCACUUGAUGGGGAUAUGCUUGAUAUCGUAUCUAAGAAACUGGUAAGUUUUGACGAUCUCUUCAAUUUUUCGGCGGUUUGCAAGGAGUGGAGGGCAGUGCAUAAAAUUUAUUGGAGAAAAUUCCUAGAAUCACAAUCACCGCUGAUUGUGCAAACUACUAGGAAUGCAAAAAGGUUUUACUCGUUUUAUAGUAUACCGGAAAAACGAGCUUACAGCUCUAAGUUGAGUUACUUUAGGGGUAAGUCCUAUUGUGGUUCGUCUAGUGGAUAUCUGGUCAUGGCAGGUGCCAACAAUAUACUUCAAUUAAUGAAUCCAUUUACAAGAAAACAGAAGAUAAUUGAUAUAUCAGUAGUUAGAAAGGAUUUGACAUAUUUUGCUUGUCGUGUAUUACUUGCUUUUACCAGAGACUCUGAUGAAUUUGUCCUAGUGGCUUCAUGCAAACGUUUCCUCGGUUUGUAUGUAUAUCACUCUCGGAAUUCUAGUUGGAAAACAUAUUCCAAAAGGGGACAUCCAUGGAAGGUUGUGGACUUUGUUUUGUUUAAUAAUACUAUUUAUGUUCUUACCUACAAGGCUGAAAUAGGGGUACUUAGUCUGAACUCUGAAAGUUUGAAAUUUCUAAAACUGAAGAAUACCCCCAAUGUACCUUCCUGGUCGUAUAGUUUACUUAGUUGUGAUGGGGAGCUUCUUGUGGUUGACUUUGUACCAAAUAAAGUAUUGGAUGUCUACAGGAUAGACUGGGAAACAAUGAGUUAUGUUAAGUUACAAACUUUGGGUGAGCGCGCAUUAUUUCAUUCACCUUACAAAUGCUAUGCGCUAGCAAACCCGGGUAAGUGGGGAUUUGAAAGCAACCGUGUGUAUUCCAUUGAUUGGGAUUCCAUUGAUCGGGAUUCUGCAGAAUGUGAAGUGUAUUCAGGAAGUAAUAAUGAACUGGUGGAAUGCAUUAUGCUUGCUGGUAGUAGUCGUGAAGUUCGUAGUAGAUCAACACCUUAUUGGCUGGAUUGGUGUUUUCGAAAUCAACAUGAUGAAGUUGAUUAUUCUCUGGUUGAGUAGCCUGUUAACUUGUCACCAUUAAGCUUGUUACUCUCUGUUAGUUUGGAUCGUUCCUUAUGUUCCGUUUUUCAUCUCCUUAUAUUUUAACUAUCUAGACUAGAAAACCUUGGCAUGGUUUCUAGUUUCAUUAUCUUUGCUCAGAUUAUGUGACUUUUGAUGAAUGACUUGUGAACUUGUGAUCCUGGUAAUGUUUUUGGUUGAUCUUAUAUAUUCUCUUGAUUUGUUAU